UGAAACCAGUGAAAAAUAAGUUAUGACAGGACACUGAGAUAGUUAUGAGGAGUACACGAUGUAGUAGACCUGUAGUAGACUAGUACUGUAGUAGACUGUAGACAGUGUGGUGGACUGUAGAGGAAAUGAGAAUCCUAUGAUCACAUGUGUUUUCUUACAGAAGCAGAAGCCAGUACAGUCAGUGAAUGGUUACUACCAGCUGACUGGCGUAGUCUCUCAUUUGGGAGGCUCCGCAAACUCCGGGCACUACAUUAGUGACAUAUUGCAUGCCAGUGGAAAUUGGUUCUGCUGUAAUGACAGCCAGGUGUCAAUGUCCAAUGUAGCCACUGUGCUGAGGACCAGAGCCCGGAGUGCCUACAUGCUCUUCUAUAUGUUCAGGGCAAUAGAGCGGGAGGCCCCAGCACACAGGGCCUAACAGGGCCACCAGCAUCAGCCCCAGCCUAAACAGGGGCAGCACCUGGACCAGCCUCAAAACCCCCAGCCCAGCCUCAACAAAGGCAGCAUCUGGACUAAGAAAAUCCCAUUUAAGAUGAUUCUGUUGACCGUUGUAACUCUUUAACUCAGGAAGAUUUAUGGUCUGGAAUUCAGGCCGGUCCUAACAGGAAACGUGACAAAGGGAAGCAGCUGUAAUGGAGCCUUCUAACACCCAAUCAGGUCUGGAGGAGGAAUGUCACAAAGAUUCAGAGAUGCUAUGAGUAUCUUUUGAAGUUACUCUCCAGUUGUAUCCAUUUGAAUAAAUACAGACAUGAAAAUGCUGGGCUACGGAUGUGACCUUGGUUCUGUGAGUAGAGUAACAGGUCACCAAACAAGCUAUGGGACAAGCUCAACCAAGCACAAUAAUGUCUCUGGAUGCUUUCAAAAAUUAUGAAUAAUCAGACCU